GCUUUGUUUGAAAGUGAUUUUGUUCUCUACAGCCGUCCUUUCCAGUGGUUGACUUUCUUCUUGCACAGUUCGAGUUUACCUGGAACGUGACAAUGCCACCAAAGAAGAAGGCAGCUGCACCCGAGCCUCCUCCAAUUAUUGGACGGCCUGGCACCAAUCUAAAAUGUGGAAUCGUCGGAUUGCCCAAUGUGGGAAAAUCGUCUUUCUUCAAUGUGCUGACAAAAAGUGCUGCACCUGCUGAAAAUUUCCCCUUCUGUACGAUCGAUCCGAAUGAGAACCGUGUGGCUGUGCCGGACGACCGCUUCGACCAUCUGUGCGCGGUGCACAAGCCUGCGAGUCGUGUUCCAGCCUACCUGCACAUCACCGACAUUGCUGGACUCGUGAAAGGUGCUCACGAAGGCCAGGGUCUUGGCAAUGCGUUUUUAUCGCACAUCCGUGGCGUGGAUGCAUUCUUUCACGUGUGCCGAGCGUUUGAGGAUGAGGAUGUGACUCAUGUGGAGGGUGACGUCAAUCCCGUCCGCGAUUUGGAGAUCAUUUCGGAGGAGCUCCGUUUGAAGGACAUGGACUACGUUGAGAAGGUUAAGGAAGGCUUGGAGAAAACAUGCGUUCGCGGUGGAGAUAAGAAGCAGAAGCCGGAGUAUGAUGCCAUUUGCAAAGUGAAGACGCUACUGUGCGAUGAGAAGAAAGACAUCCGAUCUGCUUGUUGGUCAGCGGCAGAAAUCGACGCAUUGAACAAGCAUCUGUUCCUGACGUCCAAGCCCGUUAUCUACCUGGUGAACCUGUCAGAACGCGACUAUGCUCGCAAGAAGAACAAGUGGCUGGCCAAGAUCAAGGAAUGGGUAGAUGAGCGCGACCCGUUCGCCUUGAUCAUCCCGUUCAGUGCCGAGCUGGAGGCCAAGCUUGUGGACAUGAGCGACGAGGAGCAGGCCGCUCAUCUAGCGGAGAUCAAGACGACCACCAUGUUGCCGAAGAUCAUCAAGACCGGCUUCCGCGCCCUGCAGCUGGAGUACUUCUUCACUGCCGGCCCGGAUGAGGUGCGCGCCUGGACCAUACAGAAGGGCACCAAGGCACCGCAAGCGGCCGGCCGCAUCCACACAGACUUCGAAAAGGGCUUCAUCAUGGCCGAGGUCAUGACGUUCGAGGACUUCAAGGAGUACGAAACGGAAUUAGCUGUGAAGGCGGCGGGCAAAUACCGCCAGCAGGGUCGCAACUAUGUCGUGCUGGACGGUGAUAUCAUCUUCUUCAAAUUCAAUGCCGGCGCCGGUCUUUCGGCCAAAAAGAAGUGAUCAUUGUGAGAUCGGAUGGUCAACACUUAGGUUUUCCGCCGCCGUCUACUUCGAAUUAAAAGUCGCCACAGGAUCGUGCACGCCAUGUGACUUCAUCGCCCACAUCCUGGCUUGGUUUAGGUACUUCCACUGUUCUUGGCUGCACAGCUAUUUUCUAUUCUGUGGUGUGUUAGUCACCUGACCUCUAUUUGUGCGGCUUGCCCUUUCGGGGGUGACAAGAACGCUGGACAUUCCUGCCGCUCCAGUGGAUUGCUCUAGGCAUGGCUACUCUAUAACAUCGAAUGAACAAAUUUCACUUUUUUGUUUUCUCCUUCCUGUUUUUGUACUGUUUUUGAAGGAUUAUAAAUAAGGACUCGGUAAAGCCAGCAA